UUGAGGUCGACCUGUGAAGUUUUGCUACGAUAUUAUUUACAUCUAUAGCUUCAAAAGAGGGAUUUUGUCCUUCUGUUUGCCAGAUGAGGUCGACCUUUUCAUAACCAUGGUCGACCGCAUCUGGCUUUCAAGCGAUUUUAUUUCUGUUUUAUUUGUGCGAAACUAACACAGGUCGACCUCUUCUAAUAAUGUGGUCGACCGGAUCUGUUUUGCACUCAAUUGGUACGAGGAUUUGGGCCAGUUUAGACUCAUUUCAAUUUAGCAGAGGUCGACCUAUGAUGAUUCUGAGGUCGACCUAUGAAGGCAAAAGUUCUAGUUGUGCCAUUGUCUUUGAAUUAUUUGUGCGAAACUAACACAGGUCGACCUCUUCUAAUUAUGAGGUCGACCGGAUCUGUUUUGCACUCAAUUGGUACGAGGAUUUGGGCCAGUUUAGACUCGUUUCAAUUUAGCCGAGGUCGACCUAUGAUGAUUCUGAGGUCGACCUAUGAAGGCAAAAGUUCUAGUUCUGCCAUUGUCUUUGAAUUAUUUGUGCGAAACUAACACUGGUCGACCGCUUCUAUUUAUGAGGUCGACCGAAUCUGUUUUGCACUCAAUUGCUACGAGCAUUUGGGCCAUUUCGGACUCGUUUUAAUUUAGCCGAGGUCGACCUAUGAUGCUUCUGAGGUCGACCUAUGAAGGCAAAAGUUUGAUUUAUUUGUGCUAAACUUAUUGAGGUCGACCUGUGAUGAUAUUGAGGUCGACCUCGGGCCAUUUAAAUCGAUUGAAAGCCAAUUGUGACUUUCAAAGGCCGUGUAGUGCAGGAGAUUAGGCCAUCUUGCAAUGCACUCGAAGACAUAAACGUUUGUGUCUUCGAGUGCAUUACAAGGUGGUCUAAUGUCCUGAACUGCACGGCUUUUGAAAGCACAAUUGGCUUUCAAUCGAUUUAAAUUUUCCGAGGUCGAUUUAUGAUUUUCCUGAGGUCGACCAGAUCUGUUUUGCACUCAAUUGGUACGAGGAUUUGGGCCAUUUUAGACUCGUUUCAAUUUAGCCGAGGUCGACCUAUGAUGAUUCUGAGGUCGACCUAUGAAGGCAAAAGUUCUAGUUGUGCCAUUGUCUUUGAAUUAUUUGUGCGAAACUAACACUGGUCGACCGCUUCUAUUUAUGAGGUCGACCGAAUCUGUUUUGCACUCAAUUGCUACGAGCAUUUGGGCCAUUUCGGACUCGUUUUAAUUUAGCCGAGGUCGACCUAUGAUGCUUCUGAGGUCGACCUAUGAAGGCAAAAGUUUGAUUUAUUUGUGCUAAACUUAUUGAGGUCGACCUGUGAUGAUAUUGAGGUCGACCUUGGGCCAUUUAAAUCGAUUGAAAGCCAAUUGUGACUUUCAAAAGCCGUGCAGUGCAGGAGAUUAAGCCAUCUUGCAAUGCACUCGAAGACAUAAACGUUUGUGUCUUCGAGUGCAUUACAAGGUGGUCUAAUGUCCUGAACUGCACGGCUUUUGAAAACACAAUUGGCUUUCAAUCGAUUUAAAUUUUCCGAGGUCGAUUUAUGAUUUUCCUGAGGUCGACCGGAUCUGUUUUGCACUCAAUUGGUACGAGGAUUUGGGCCAUUUUAGACUCGUUUCAAUUUAGCCGAGGUCGACCUAUGAUGAUUCUGAGGUCGACCUAUGAAGGCAAAAGUUCGAGUUGUGCAAUUGUCUUUGAAUUAUUUGUGCGAAGCUAACACUGGUCGACCUCUUCUAAUUAUGAGGUCGACCGGAUCUAUUUUGCACUCAAUUGGUAUGAGGAUUUGGGCAAUUUUAGACUCGUUUCAAGGUCGACCUAUGAAGGUGAUAUCUCUCAAUGUACCAUACUACCCAAAACUGGUACAGUACUUCUACAACAACAUCGUCUACGAGCGCAAUGCAAAUGGAUCCAUUCACGCAUUCAAAUCCUAUGUGAAUGGGGUGGCGAUGCACAUCAACAAGAAUGUGUUGGCGCAAGUACUUGAGGCUCCAAACGAGGGGAAGAGAAUCAAUUCUUACGGUGCUUGGAAUGAAAUGCAUUUCACGAGAGCCAAGCAAAUCCAGACGGUAUGUGGUCUUGAUGAAGAGGAAGAUGCUCAGGGGCGCAAUAGGCCAACGAGUAACCACCUGACAGUUCAAGCCAGAGUUCUUCACCACAUGCUUUCGUACAACAUUCUACCAAAGGGUGGACAUCGGGAGACAGUCACCUGCUUCGACAUGGAGCUCCUCACCAACCUACUGUUAAGCGAGAAGGUGAACUUGCCAUACUUGAUCUUUAACCACAUGCUUACUGUUGCAGAGAGUUCAAACAGGAAUCUUCCCUAUGGGAUGAUCCUCACUGUGCUAUUUGAGCAUUUUAAUGUGAAUUUAAGUGAAGAGGUGGGGUUAAGAAUCUCAAGGCAGGAGUUCUAUACUGUUUCAUCUCUGAAAAAGAUGGGCUUUGAGCUGCGUAAUGGUGAGUAUGUCAGAGUAAACAAUGCUCAUGGUGGUGGUGAUGAUGAUGAUGAUGAUGAUGAUGAUGAUGAUGAUGAUGAUGAUGAUGAUGAUGAUGAUGAUGAUGAUGAGGGUGAUGAAGGAGCUCGAGACGAGCCAAUGGCGGAGGCACAGAGUUCAUCUCCACCGAUCACCUUACAGCGUGUGUGGGAGCACAUGGAUGGCAUGUACGAGUACAUGGGCCAGAUGUCCACCCAGAUGACUGGCAUGCACGACUACAUGGGGCAAAUGACCGCCCAGAUGAGCACAAUGCAGGUGACCGUGAAUGAGAUGCGAGAUGAGUGGCGAUCUUUCAGCGGAAGAUACAUGCAUCCCACCACAUCCGACCACCAUCAUGCUAGCACCACCAAUGAAGAAAAUGUGGAUGAGAGAGAGGGGGGGAGAUGAGUAGGAGAAAUGAGUUUUUAUAUUGUGUGUUUUAGUGGUCAAAACGAUUGUUGAGUGUAUAUUCUGUUGUUUUUUUAGUUUUAUUUUUAUGUGUGAACAAUUAUGAUUUCUGUUUUAUUUUUAGUUGUUAUGCUAUGAAUUUAUGAGUCCUUGUUAUAAUUAUUUAUGACUAAUUAUGAUGGUUUGAAACAUAAUUUAUACGAUUAAAAGAACCACACAAAUCGACAUACAUAAGCAAAAAUGACACGGGGCAUAGGGUGACUUUCUUGUAUUCGGUCGACCUCGUACCGGAUUAGGUCGACCGCAAAACCAACACUUGAUCUUGAUUUUACGUCAAAUAAUUGGACAGUUUGAUAGAACACUUAUCUUCUAUCUGGUCGACCUCUUUCCUCAUCCGGUCGACCAUUUUGUUAAUGACUGCCAUCAAGUGGUGGACCUAUAUACCUUAGGUGGUCGACCAUGUUGUUUCUGACGCCAACGAAAUGGCCGACCCAGGUUUUAUUCUGGUCGACCAAAAAUAACAACUUAAACUAAGUGCGGUCGACCAGGUGGUCGUUGAGGUCGACCACAAUGCUUUCUUGUGCUGUCCAAAUUAGUCGAUUCGGUCGACCGCCUUCAGCAAUAGGUCGACCAAAAAGUGCAUGUCACCGUGACAUCUAUGUCAUAGUAGGCAUACCCUAAGAUUUAAUCAGAUAUUUUUUAUUUAAACAAACGUGGUAUAUGUUACUUUCUAUUUUUUUAUUUAUAUUUUUUACUACAUUAAAUAUUAUAGAAGAGAGAGGUAGCUCCAUAAAUACAUUAUAGAAGAGAGAGGUAGCUCCAUAAAUACAUUAAUAAAUAAUUUUUUUGUUUGUAAAAAAGUUGUCCAUUUUGGCAAAUUGUGGAUACUCCAAGUGCUUAUGUGGCAAGAGAUUGCUUUUGAAUUGCCAUAAUAGAUAGAUAGAUAGAUAGAUAGAUAGAUAGAUAGAUAGAUAGAUAGAUAGAUAGAUUGUAUACUCGUGUUGGAGGCUAACGAUAGACAAGAAUAUGUGGAGCUCGACAUAUAUGGAAGCACAGGAGAACGUUCUUUUGCCGAUAUUAUAACCAACAUUCGAUAUUGGGUCAUUCAUAGCAUUACUAUACCUUCUCUAUUCAUUGCAGGUUGGUUAUUCGUCAGCACAGGUUUAGCUUACGAUGUAUUUGGAAGCCUAUGCAUGGUUCCUUGGUAACUUCUAGUUUCAUCAGGGAAACCACAUAAAAGGAAUCCGCUAAUGAAGGUUACAAAUUCGGUCAAGAGGAAGAAGCUUAUAAUAUUGUAGCUGCUAAUGAUUAUUUUGGCCGAUUGAUCUUUCAAUAUGCUAGUUUCAACAACUCUCGUUCUUUACAUUUCUUCUUAGCAGCUUGGCCUGUAAUAGGUAUUUGGUUCACAGCUUUAGGUAUUAGCACUAUGGCUUUCAACCUAAAUGGUUUCAACUUAAACCAAUCUGUAGUUGAUAGUCAAGGUCGCGUAAUUAACACCUGGGCUGAUAUUAUUAACCGCGCUCUUACCAUCCCUUAGCAAGUUGAAAGGCUAUAGGACUCUUUCCCGUGUAUCCCCUCAUUACUGGAGUAAGAGGUUGUUGUCCUGUUGCCAAUUCCAACUAUGAUUCGUUGCUUCACUCCCCUGCUACGUAUACUUCACUUGCCCUCUCCGUCUUCCAACAGACCUCAUACUCGUCUCAGGAUUGAAAAAAGAAGCAUAAAUCAUGGGAAAAAUCAAAGAAAAGAAAUCUCAUCUACGAGGGGAAAUAGACUACUAAAAUCCCG